AUGCCGCGCCCACGCACGUCGCCCUCACCUCCGCCCGCGACCUUCACCUUUACCGCCGGCGACUUCGACUACCCCCACGCCUCGACCUCGCCGAACAUCUCGACAUGGCCUCGCAACAUAUCUGGCCUGGGGAGCGCCAUCAGGAACAUGCGCCGCGAUCCACGCCCGGCCGAGCAGCCCACGCACCCAGACGAGGCCGUCGCUGCUACACGGCGGCCAGUCAGCGCCAUACGUCGUCGCCAGCUGCACCGUCUGCUUGGCCCUCCACGUGACAGCGAACCGCCAAACGACCUGUCACGACGCCCGCCAACGGCAAACCCCAACCGUCCCCGCGCAACGCCCAGCGAGCGCUACCUCGGCCGCUCCCAGGCGCGCAUCAGAGAACAGCGUGCCGCCGACAUGGACUCGACCGACGCCCUGAUCGACUCGCUGACCAACAACCCCCUAACCAAUAUCUUCGCCCUGUCCAACGCGAGCCCGCAUCCUCCCCCGCAAAGCCACCCCGUUCCUUUUAGUCCUGAGCGCAGGCAGGCAAAGCGGAGGAAGCUGGACCACGAUGCCAGCACGACAUCAGAGUACCACGGCUUCAAGUACGGAUACAAGGGCCAGGUGGUGCCGGGUCGUCUGAAGAUGGAUAUCCUGAGCUGCGACGGCGGCGAGUACCGCAAGGACAACCCUUCCGGACUGUACAACGUGCAGAACGUGCUGAAGAACGACAAGAGCGUCUACUGCAGUGAGAGCGCCAGCUGCAAUAUAUUGCUGAAACACAUCGGCGAGGCGCCCUUUGCCCUGGACAAGAUCGUCAUCCGCGCGCCAGACCGCGGCUUCACAGCUCCCGUCCAGGAAGGCCUUGUCUUCGUAUCCAUGUCAGCCGACCAUCUCCUCGCCGGCACAUCAGCCUAUCACCUCCAAUACCGCACGCAGUCGCCCCUGACCUCCCCAACCCCCAGCUCCCCAGCCGACGACGACGACGACAACGAACAGCUCUCCCUGCAAGAAGCAAUCAACGACCCCACCCUCUGGCAGCGCAUCCGCCGCGCCUCCGCCUCAAGCGCCCAACACCCCGCCACCACCACACACACAUACUCCUACCCCACGAACGAGCACGACCCCAACGACGACAACGAAAACGACAUCUGCGACGACACAGCCUCCCCCGCCCCCCCACCCUUCACAGUCACAACCGCCACCUCCGACGACUCCGCACCCUCCACCGACGACGAAGACACCGAUAUCCCCUCCGCAGCCAUCAUCGCAGACCGCCUGCGCCGCGAAAGCCGCUGGCGCGCCGAAUCAGACGACGACGAUGACGGCGACAUCAUCCCGCGCUUUGGCGGCCUCAGACGCGCACCCGCCCUCGAUUACAGCUCCUACGGCGAGUGGCGCGAGCGGCGCGAAGCUCUACGUGCCGCGCAGCUGGGCAGCCCGAGUCGCAUUGAACCUGGUGGUGGGGAUGCGGGGGUGAUUGUCCCGCAUGCGCGGUUCUUUAUCAAGAAGAAUCGGCAUAAGAUUACGAUUCGGUUUCAGCCUGCUGUCUCGGGACGCAAUGUCCUGCUCAAACUGUGGAGUCCCAUGUGUGACGGCAACAUCGAUAUCGAGAGCGUCAUGUUCUAUGGGUAUUCUGGACCGAGGUUCUUUCCGGCUACGAGGGUUUGUUAG